AUGGAACUAUCGUUUUACAAGGGUUACUAUCCCCGCAAAUUGUUUCACCACCCUUACAUCCCCAUCUACCACAAUCUAUCACCACCACCCACCACCUCCCAACCCCUACCAACCUCUACACCUCCAUCCCAGUUCCCUCCAACCCCACCCACCACCCACCUCCAAACCCCCACCAACCUCUACACCUCCACCUCAGUUCCCUCACCCCACCCCACCCCAACAUUCCUCCCAACCCCCACCAACCUCUACACCUCCAUCCCACUUCCCUCCACCCCACUUCCCUCCACCCCCACCCCAACACACCCACCACCACCAACCCUACACCUCAACUCCAUUUCCCUCCAACCCCACCCCAACAUUCACCCCCACACUAACCCUACACCUACUCCCAUUUCCCUCCAACCCCACCCCAACAUUCACCCCCACACUAACCCUACACCUACCCCCAUUUCCCUCCAACCCCACCCCAACAUACCCAACAUACCCACCCACCCCUGCACCUCAACUCCAUUUCCCUCCAACCCCACCCCAACAUUCCACCUACACCCACCCACCCCCAUUUCCCUCCAACCCCAUCAAUUACCACCGACCACCACCAACCCCUACACCGCCAUCCCAUGUCCCUCCUCCCCCACUAUAUAA